AUGUUCAUGUGGUUGGUUGUGAUCGUAGUUGUGGCAUAUGUGGUUUGUUUAAAAUGCAUUUAUUAUCGACAUCGGCGAUCGUUAAAACAUGGAAUCAGUGCUUUACCCAGUUUGGGAAGACACGGGGUGGAAAUUGAAUGUCUUGUUGUAACCGCGCAUCCGGAUGAUGAAUGCAUGUUCUUUGGACCAACGAUCAUACGCCUUAUUGAAUGUAAUGUCAGCGUGCAUGUGCUGUGUUUAUCGGAAGGGAACUACCACAAUGAAGGUGCUCAGCGCAAGCAAGAACUUUUCAACAGCUGUGCUAAAUUGGGGAUACCAUCCUCCAGAAUUACCAUACUUGACCACAAGAAACUUCCAGACCAUCCCAAAGCAGAAUGGAAGGUCUCCCUCGUCGCCUCGAUAAUUGCAAAGCACUUGAGAGCUCGCGCUUUCGACAUGGUACUGACCUUCGAUGGAAGAGGAGUGAGUGGCCAUAGCAAUCACGUAACAAUUUAUAAAGCUGUCAGACACCUCGCUUCUACUGACCAACUACCCAACGACUGCCGUUUGUUCUCCUUGGUGACUGUUGGUCUGCUCAGGAAAUAUGUUUCCUUCUUCGAACUUCCUCUCAGCUGGCUGCUUCCCUCAUCACUCUGCUGCAUCGUCGGCGCAAAGGGCUACAGGCAGUGCAAAGCCGCCAUGCUUUGUCAUCACACUCAACUUGUUUGGUUUCGGUAUCUGUACAUCACCUUCUCGCGCUACAUGUUUGUCAACACAUUCCAGAUGAUUCCACAAGGACCAAAGGUUAAUCAAAUAUAUUAGGUGAGCCAGAUAUGACCCAGCUAUUUAUGAAUACAAUAAGAUGUCAAUACAAGUGGGAUGAAUAAUUAGGUCACCGGUGUAAUGCAAUCCGUGACCUAAAUAUACUUGCAAUAUUCCUCAGUUUUAGCUCCCCCCAAUAAAAUAACUUUGUUCAGUCAUUAUUGUUUCCAAGAAAAGGCAUUCUGUACCAUUUUUCUGGCAUAGUGCUGAUUAAAAACAACUGACAGUAAAAUUA